GCUUUGCCACGUGACCGGGCCUUGUUCAAUCGGGGCAGCGACAGCGCGUCCGCUUGUUCUUACGGGGAGGCCGGUUUUAACCCUUGCGGGAUAGAAGCCGCAGUCGCCGCUGAAGCUUGUCGCAGGGGACAGGGCAAAAAAAAAGUGUAAAGCAUGGGACCAAGAGUUGGAAACACUGAACAAAAUCUGUUUUGAAACAUGUUUUGGGUGCAGUUCUUUUCUAGGCAUGCCUCUGUGCAGAAGAUUUUAGCAAUAAGCUGUGUAACCAGACGCACUUCAAAAUCAGUUAAACAUGGCCGGUCUGUGUGUUUAAGAAGCAUUUUCUUUAACUCUGUCAAAUACUAUCCCACUAAAUUAGUUCUGGGAAUUGAAACUAGUUGUGAUGAUACAGCAGCUGCUGUGGUGGAUGAUACUGGCAAAAUCUUAGGAGAAGCUUUACAUUCUCAAAAUGAAGUCCAUUUAAAAACAGGUGGGAUUAUUCCUCCAGUGGCACAGCAACUUCACAGGGAAAAUAUUGAGCGAAUAGUAAAAGAAACACUCUACGUCAGUGGAAUCUCUCUCGAUGAGCUCUCUGCUGUUGCAACUACUGUAAAGCCAGGACUCGCUUUAAGUCUCGGAGUGGGAUUAGAAUAUAGUUUAAAAUUGGUGGACAAGUAUAAAAAACCUUUCAUCCCCAUCCAUCACAUGGAGGCACAUGCACUUACAAUUAGGCUGAUAAACCAAGUGGAAUUUCCUUUCUUAGUUCUUUUAAUCUCUGGAGGCCACUGUAUCCUGGUAGUAGCACAAGGAGUUUCAGAUUUUCUUCUGCUUGGACAGUCAAUUGAUAUAGCACCAGGAGACAUGCUCGACAAGGUAGCAAGAAGACUCUCUCUAACAAAGCACCCAGAGUGCUGCAGAAUGAGUGGUGGGAAAGCUAUAGAGCACUUGGCCCAACAGGGAAACAGGCUGCAUUACGAACUCAGAGCUCCCAUGCGACAUCAUCGUAACUGCAAUUUUUCCUUUUCCGGACUUUGCUUCAAUGCCACUAGAAUAAUUAUGCAAAAAGAAAAGGAAGAAGGUAUUUUUCAAAGUAAGAUACAUACGAAUUGUACACCUGACCUGCGGUUAUAUUUGCAAAAACCUCUUUUGCUCACCAUUUCUGCAGGUUUACAGGAGGGACACCUCCUGUCCUGUGUUACAGAUAUUGCUGCUGCAGUACAGCAUGCAGUAGCACUUCAUAUUGUCCAGCGAACACACCGGGCUAUUCUAUUCUGCAUAAAAAGUGGCAUCUUAUCACAAACAAAUGCAACUUUGGUUGUAUCAGGAGGAGUUGCAAGUAAUCAGUAUAUCCGAAGAGCUCUGCAAAUUGUAACAGAUGCAACUAACUUCAAUUUGCUGUGUCCUCCUCCCAGACUCUGUACUGACAAUGGUGUUAUGAUUGCCUGGAAUGGCAUUGAAAGGAUGCGUGCAGGCUUAGGUGUGUUACAUAGCACAGAUGGCAUACGCUAUGAACCAAAAGCUUCUCUUGGAAUUGAUAUCUCAGAACAAGUUGGAGAAGUUGCCAUCAAGGUACCAAGUCUAGAAGUCUCCCUAAAUGAACUUGCAACUAUCAACUUAUAACACAUCCAGUUUGGGAAUUAUUGUUCAUGGCUAUUAUUAAAAUAUUUAUGUUUCCUAGUCUUCUCUUACUAAGACAUAUCUGACCAAUGUAAGCACCCUUAUGGGCAGCUGUGCUAUUUAGUAGUUAAAACAGGGAGCUGGAAGUCAGGAGAGUUAUUCUAUUCUUAUAUGCCAUUGACUCCUUGCAUGACCUUAGACUUAUGUCCCUUAUUUUUCCCAUGUGUAAAAUAGGAAUAAUUUAAUAGUGCAAUCAUUACCUUUGGAAAGCACUCAGUUAAAGAUCUCUAGAUAAAUAAAAACUAUCAGCCUUAAUUAUUAUUAACUAUAUACUCAAAUAUCCUUUUGUAACACAGAACAACGUUUUAUAGAGGCAAAUUUUCAUAGCACUUCAAGAUUUUGGCUACAUGAGUCCAUUGAUCUUAAAACUCGGCACAACAUUUUAAAAAUGUACCCAUAAGAGUGGAUAUAGAUUAGUCUGAGAGUGCCUAUCUGAAGAUAGAAGAUGCAAGUAUGUGUAGCAGCUAUUUUGCAGCUCUUGUAUCUAGUAACAGAAGACAUUGUCUGAUUAGAAAUAGAAGCUUAAAUUCACCAAAAUAUAAAACAACCUGCACACAAUAGCCUUCAUUGAUGCCCAUGAGUGAUGAAUUUGAAAUUAUUUUCAAUGCAUUUAUUCUUUACUACUGCAGUAAAUUUAAUUCUUCACAGACAGACCGCCUCCUUCCAUCCCACACACAAUUCUCUUGUGAAAAGAGUUCAGGUUUCCAAAAUUAGGCGUCUGUGUAUUAGCAACUGGCAUCAAGAAAUUCUGUUCCGAAAGACUAUUCCCAAACCUACAGGAUAUUGCAUGGAUACAAAUACUUAUCUGCUACAUUGUUUGCACUGGACUCAAGCUUUCUUUCCUGGUGAAUUAAGCCGGAGCUUGCUGACAUUAAAAAUUCUUGGUCUUGACACUUUUGUGAUGUCGGAAGUUGCAUGUGCAAAUGAUUGAAGUCCACUGGUCCGGCUACGGGGUUUGUCUGUAGUUCUGAGUUUUCCCAUUAAGUGAGCAGAUAUAGGCAUUAAAAGAAGAGAGUCCUUUGGAUGAUAUUUAGCUUUGAAUUGUCUUCUACUACUACUACUUCGUGAUCUCUCUGCAAAAUAAAAAUAGUGUAAUUUAUUUUACAUUUAUAUCAUCA